GAGCUAUCUGAUACAUAUUAUUUUUAUUAUACUUUUUAAUUUUUCUUUGAUAUAAUCGAAUUUCAAUAUAACUGUUUAAAUUUAUCUGUUCACCUUAAAAUUGGUCUAUUUUAUACAUUAAAUAAUGGCAUCGUUUUCUCGUUUCAACAAAUUUGCUUUAUUAAGUUUGGGUGCAGUUGGUGGAGGGUUAGCCUAUUAUCAUAUUAAUAGUGGCAAAAAUGAGAGAAAAUUUGAUGUGCACAACUCAUGGACUACAAAUUUCACACCUAGUGUUAAAUGGGAGAAGAAUUGGGAUCACCGGGAACCAGAGUCAAUAGUGAAACCUAUAAAGAGUGAUAAACCUGAAGAACAGAAUCGUUACAAUGAACAGAUUGAAAAAGCAAAGAAAACUAAAGCAGUACGACAUCUGUUCCUUAUCAGACAUGGACAGUACAAUGUUGAUGGUGCUACAGAUGCUGAAAGAACACUAACUGACUUGGGCAGAAUACAAGCUGACCUGACUGGACAGAGAUUAGCAAGUCUCGACAUCAAAUGGGACUUGUUAAUCCGGUCUACUAUGACUAGGGCACAAGAGACUGCAGCCCUUAUUGCCAAGCAUCUGGACAAGAAUUUAGAGACUAAAGACUGUCAGUUGAUUGAAGAGGGUGCUCCAAUACCCCCAGAACCACCUGUGGGACAUUGGAGGCCAGAACCAAAACAGUUUUUCCAGGACAGCGCACGGAUUGAGGCGGGCUUCCGGCGGUAUUUCUACAGAGCGCCUUCUGAUCAGACCAACGAUACGUAUACGAUAUUGGUCUGCCACGCGAAUGUCAUCAGAUAUUUCGUUUGCAAAGCCCUACAGUUCCCCCCUGAGGGUUGGCUCCGGUUAUCACUGAAUCACGGAUCAAUAACGUGGUUAUCGAUUCUGCCAAGUGGGAACGUAGUACUGCGAUCGCUCGGGGACACCGGCCACAUGGAACCCAAGUAUAUAUCUAGCCGGUAAAUUAGUUAACAUGCUCAUGUAGAUCUUAAUACGACAACGGCCAUAGCAUAUUGAAUUUAAAGAUUAAAUGAUAUAAUUUAUUUAAUACAAUUA